AUGCUCUGUCCAGUGCUUAGAAGCAUCCAUGGGGCUUGUGUGCCGAGGGCCUCGGCGGUGAGGCAGGUGCCUCUGCGCCGCCUGACCACUUCGGCUGGGGCGGCUGCUGUUGCUGCUAUCCUUGCACCAGUGACUUUGUGCUGCAGUAUCCACCAGCGGCGCCACUACCACUCCUUGCGGCACACGCUCGUCACGGAGCUCAAACAAUCGACGUGGAAGAACGACGGUGUGCGCGGGCAACCCCGCCCAUCGAACUCCUCGAAAGAUGACCACCACGGCACUGACACCGCCGCAUCAUCAAGGUAUCUCACCGCAGACGGUAGUUCACGCGGUGCCGUGCACACCAGCGAAUGCAACCAUUCAGCCGGCUCCUCUCGACAACCGCCGGGAAGCCUGCAGGCGCAGCGGCAGAAACGGCCGCGACCACGACGGCCAUCUGCGUUAUUCAUGAGUUUGCAGGAAGUGGAGGAGACAACCGCCGCUGCCUCAUCCUCGCUGGCGCCGCUGUCCGCGGACGAACAGGUGGCAGAUGUGCAAGACGACGACAUUGUCCUAGACACCCCCGCCUCUCUCUUGCCCUGCAUGGCCGAGAGGGGAGCAUCGACAUCGGAGCUGCGGCAGGCGGCACAGCGAGCGCGUCAUCAGCGGCGCAGCGGCGGCGGUGGCACCGACGCGGCGCACGAGCCUGCCGCGCUGGAGAAGAGCGAGCAUGCCCACCCUGCAGCACGGGGUGUCGGGCAGGAUGUGAUCGACCUCGUCACGGACGUCUUCACAGCGCAGCGCGAUGCCGAGAUCAAGAAGCGUCGCGAGGUACUGUAUGAGCUGACGCACCCAAAUCCAAUCGACUACACGUACAACGGCAAGCUGGUGCCGCCACCGCCGCUGAGCUUCGGGCAGGUGACGGAGGAGGCGCGCGCCCUCGGCAACAGGAUGAUGCUUGGACAGACGUACUCGCUGGUGCGACAGGCCGGCACACGCGCCUCGGCCGACGACUUCGACGUGAUUGGCAGCUCGGCCAGCACAGCCGGCCGCGGCGCAGCAGCAGCGACGACUGUGUCGCCGGCCUCGAGCAUCGAGGCAAGUCUGGCGGCGCCGCUCUCCACUUUUUCGUCUCGCCAUGCGAAGGGCUACGGCGACCGCACCGCGGCGGCGCCGUAUCGCAGCCGCGCGCGCGACGCGAACAUCUUCCGUGACCACAACUACUUCUUCGAGAUCAACGAGCUGUAUCAGGAGGUGGCCUUCGCCGGCAGAGCCUGCGCUGGCAAGUCCAGUCUGCUGAACGCGUUGCUGGGCCAGCACGUGGCCAAGACAAGCAGCACGCCGAACACGACGCGCAAGAUCUCCUUCUACCAGAGUGUGACGCCGGAGCAGCUGCACGCCUUCCAUGUCAAGGAGCACCACAACCAGCUUGUCAAGCUACCCGGCGGCGGGCUGCAGCUCACCUUUGUGGACUUGCCAGGCUACGGCAUCGAAGGCAUGAGCGACAAGUGGCGUGAUGCGGCCAUCGAGCUGACGGACGCCUACUUUGGCGUUCGCCGCUCCGUCAACACCGUCCUGUACUGCAUGGACUGCGAGCGGGGCCUCACCAAGACGGACAUCAAAUACUUGGAGUGGAUAGAGAACGUCCAUGGCGCGUGCUUUAUGGUGCUGACCAAGUGCGACAGCGUACCGCACUCCCGCGUCUGCUCCGUCAUGCGCCAGGUGUAUGCGCUGAUCACGAAGCACCGGCGCAAGUACCGCAAGGUGUUUCCCUUCAUCAUUCCCGUCUCGGCCAAGGAUGGCACGAACAUCGAGCUCCUGCGUGGCCUCAUCACAGAGACCGCUGGAAUCAUACCUGGCGAUAAGCUACGGGAGCUGCUGCAGCACAAGAGGGCGGCCCUCACACGCACGGCGCUUCUGGCGGAGGUGAGCCGCAUCGACGCUGCGCGGCAGCUGGAGCGCCAUCAGGCGAAAGCCUACUUUCAACUCACGCGCGACGGCACCGGCGCGAGCGCGGCCGCGGAGUUGCCGCCGGAGGCGCGCGGUAGCGAGAGGUCAGGCGCGAGGCGAGAGCGGGAAGGGAGCGGUGGCGCCGGUGCGGGUGCGCAAGGCACGAGCGCCGAGCGGGGCGCUACACUUCUUCCCAACGUCGCUGCGUCUGAGACCGCGGCGUCGCCGCCUGGUGCGGCAUUCGGCAGUCGCCACCGCCGCUAUGUGCUGCCGCUCGGCAACGGCGCCGCUGACGCUGAAGCCGCGGCGCUGCUCUCCGGCUGUGCCAGCGAUCUGGACGCAGCGGGCGACACUGCAGACUUCUUCCCUACCGAAUCGUCGAUGGCGGCUGCGGCUGCGGAGGGUCGUUGUGAGAGACGUGAACGGUUCCUCGCCUGGCGUAGGGCGCACCCACUGCGCACGGUUUCACCGUCGUACAGUGCAAUCCAUGAACAGGUGGGCUAUGAUCCUACCCGACCCGCUGCAGCAUCAGAGCAGGUGGCAGGCCUUCCGGGCAGCGGCCGCUACCGUCUGAACACCGGCCUCGACAAUCCCGGGGCUGCUCAUGUUGUGCUGGAGCUGCACGGGGAGCCGGAUGUCUCUGAGGGAGAGUGCGACGCGCGCGGCAAGGACGGCACGGAGGCGCGACAUGGCGGGGGCGACAUGGAAGCACAGAAUUCCAGGGCCACAGCCGUGGCCCCCGCAGGCGAGUUUUCGCAUUCUCCGCUGCCAAUAGCGGCGGCAUGUCGCGGCAGGCGCUUCAGCGUCAUCGGUCUCAGUGACGUCGACACGGACGGCAGCGUUGCGCCAGGUGCCACCGCCAGCGCAGCACCGCCGGCAGUGGCACCGUCUUGUUCGUUGAGAUCGGCCUCGGCAGGCACGGUCUCGCGGUUUCUCGACGUGAUGGAGCGGUAUGGCCGCCAGCACAAUGUUGUUUCGUCGGCAAAGCAGAAGCGGAGGGAGGAGCGCUGGCGUCGGCGCGGCGGCGGUGGUGGCGGCGCGCGUGGCAGACAUUGCGCUGUCGGCGGCCUGCUCGCCGAGGACGCGUCUGGUCGCCUGUCCGCCUACAGAGCUGGCAGGCCGUGUGGACCGGCUCUCGUGUCGACCAACACCGACGUGGAUAGGCGCCAGGCCGAGUGGCGGGCGGAGCAGCUGAAGACGCUCCUUGCGAAGGAAAACCCCGAGGCACCGUGGGCGGCACUGCACCAGCUGCGCCGGACGAUCCAGGCCCGCGAGGAGGAGACGGCACUGGCCGGGAUGCGGAAGAAGGAGGUCGCCGCGUAUGUGCGCAACGCCGGCCGUGUGACGGCGAGCUUCGAGAAGUUCGAGGGCGAGGUGACGGCGGCCAAGUACAUGAAUGAGAUUCGCCAGGCCCCGACGCUACGCUCGCAGCAGCAGAUGCACCUGAACGCGACCGCCAAGAUCAACUACCGCUCCAUGCCACCCGGACUGUGGAAGCGCUACGGCGAGAAGGAUACGUACUGGCAGACGUCACAGCUGCUCGGCAGGUCGGAGGACGAAAGUCACAGGUAA